AUGGAAACGAAGCAAAUCCUUCUUCCCAAUUCGUUUCCGGCAAUCGGUCUCUCACUCAAGUGUAUGAACGAAAUGCGUCACAACACGAUUUUGGAAUUCUCACCCGAAGAAGUACUGUCCUGGAUCCCAUACCUGGAGGAAGUAAAAGCUGUGGGGCAUUUGAGGAAUGAGAGGUUGGUGGACUUGAUUGCAUUCUGUUGUGAAGGAGACGAGAUAUUGCUCGUUGCCGAGUUUAUGCCUUUCGAAACUUUCUCUAAGCAUCUCUUCUACUUAUACAGAUGGGGAGGCUGUAUGUUGUUACGAAGAAUUUUAUGA